CUACUAACAUGUUCCACAUGGAAGCUUUUAUGGAGAAGCUUGAAUGUGGCCGGGGGGGCGGGAGUGGCUUUUGUAUAGAUAUCCUGUCGCCGGCGACAACUUUCUGUUUUCUGCUCCGUGUGUGAGUUGACGCUUUCAUUGGGAUCAAUUAUCAUUCUACCAUUCUAUUCCCAUCGAUACAAUCACCGUCAUGGCAAACGCCCCGGAAAUCGCGGGCUUGGAGCAAGUCCCUGUCGACCAGACUGUCAACGAAAAGUCAGGGAAGGAAUAUGCUGAUAUCGGACAUGUCGAGCGUGUGCUGUCCGGGAACGAAGACCUGAAAGAUCAUAUGGAUCUUAGCCGUAUCGACGCCGAGGUCGCCAAGUAUACGAGCGAUGUCAGAGAGAUUAUCAGCGAGGAAGAAAGCAACAGGCUAUUGAAACUUAUUGAUCGCCGUGUACUGGUUAUCAUGAUUCUCACCUACUUCCUCCAGGCAAUAGACAAGGGCACUCUGUCGUUUGCCUCUAUCAUGGGGAUAGAACCAGACCUCCACUUAGUUGGGCAAGAUUAUUCAUGGCUCAUCACUGGUGUCUACAUCGCAAUUCUCAUUGUAGAAUACCCAACAAAUUGGAUCAUUACGAAGGUUCCCAUCGCAAAGUACCUCUCAUUCAACAUCAUCUGCUGGGGGGCUGUUCUGGCAUGCCACGCCGCUGCAACAAACUUUACUACCAUCUUGGUUUGCAGAAUUCUCCUCGGAAUUUUUGAGGCAGCUUGCCAGCCAUCGUUCAUUAUUUUGUCCAGCAUGUGGUUCAAGCGCGAGGAGCAGACUGCCAGGGUUACCUACUGGUACAUGAUGAAUGGCGCGCAACAAGUCGUCGGCGGUCUUCUUGCCUAUUGCUUCACCCUCAUCGGCCGUGACAAGGUCAUUAAAUCUUGGCAGGCACUGUUCAUUGCAUACGGGGUUAUCUCCGUCUUCUGGGGCAUAUUCGUUGGCUGGUGGAUGCCCGAUUCUCCUAUGCGGGCUAAGUGUUUCAGCGAGGAUGAUAAGCGUAAGAUGAUUGAGCGUGUCCGAUCCAACCAGACGGGAAUGCAGAGCCGCGUAUUCCGAAAAGAGCAGAUGAUCGAGGGCCUCAAGGACCCUCAAACUUGGUGCUAUUGCUUGAUUGCCAUUUGCACCACAUUGCCGACUAGUGGUCUGGGAGGGUUCGCCAACAUUAUCAUUAAGAGUUUCAAUUUUGAGACUCUGCAGGUUCAACUUCUUGCAAUGGUUCUUGGAUUCUACAUCAUAAUCGUCUUAUUUGCGUCCAUUUGGCUAGUCAAGAAGACCAACCAGAACUUACUGGUGAUGGCUGGAUUUGUUGUCCCGUCAUUCAUCGGAACUAUCGUCUUGAUGACUGUCGAAAGUAAGAGCAUGGCUACGAAAGUUGGCCUGUUGUUCUCAUACUACCUCACCCUCUCGUUCUGGUCUGCGCAGACCCUCGCUUUAUCCAUGAUUUCCCGAAACAUCGCUGGUCAGACGAAGAAGGCGACAGUGGUCGCUUGUAAUUUUAUCGCCUGGUCAGUGGGCAAUAGUAUCGGCCCACAAGUAUUUUUAAAAUGGGAUGCGCCGAGAUACUUCAUCGCCUUCGCCACUCAUCUUGGAUGCUACACUCUGCUCAUGUUUGUGAUCGCCUUCCUCCGCUGGUGGCUUCUCAGAGAGAACAAGAAGAAGGACCAAUUGGCUGCGGCUGGUAUUAGGGAGGCGGCCGACGAUAACAUGACGCAUGCUUUUGAAGAUUUGACGGAUCGGGAGAACCCCAACUUCAGGUACAUCUUUUGAAGUGCCAUAUACGAAGUACAUUUAGCUUUUGCGAGUCAAAGACGAUUCUUGUUGUUUUAAGAUUAUUCUGAUUAUUAUAGAUAUAGAUAUAGAAGUGCUGGUAAUUCUACCUUUUUGUUU